ACUUGGACCUGAUCAACGAUGCUACACGAACUGCCUACAGAGAUUGCUCUCUACAUAGCAUCCUAUCUCCCAUUACAAUCUCUCCGCAAUCUCUCCCUCGUAUCCAGAGCAUGGCACGGUCUGAUCACAGACAAUCUUCAAGCAGUUUACCGCAAAGCAGCUAUCUUACAUCGCUUUGUCCUUCAUGCCGAUCUUCAGGCUGAUUCCUCUGGUCAAAAACCAGAUACGAAGAAAAUAGAUUGGUUGCAACUCUGUCAAAGACGAUUGCAGAUCGAGAGGGGUUGGCGAGGCAAGGCUCCGUCUAUCGCGAGAGAGCUAACUUCCACCGGCAAAUUCGUGCAUCGAAUAAAGGUCGACCAGAAGGAGAAAUUCGUGAUGACCACUCGCCACCAUGGAGGCCUCUCCGUGAUCGAUUACGACACUGAUCGCGUGCUUUGGGCAAUAACUCACGUCGUCGAUUACGCCCACUGCGAAUAUGACCGUGGCCACAUCAUCUUCAACCGUCACGACGAUAGUAAGGAAGUGUGGCGCUACGCCCGUGACUUUCAAGACUCUGAAAUUCCAGAGGGCUUCAAGCCUGACGAGGCCAUGAUCAGUGCAUCACAGGAAGCUGCUCAGCGUUAUGCAUCCCCAACACUUCGUGGCCAUUUCAGACCGUGGGCUCUCCUCCACAUGCCAGAACCCACCCGUGCAUUCCGCUUCUCGUACCCAACGCUGCUUUCGGCUGGCGCAAAUUACGCCUAUUUGUGGGACGUAUCGACUUCUUCUCUUGUUGAAACGAUCAACAACAUUCAAACGCCCAAUCAAGAUGGGACUCUAGGGACCCUCUGCUACGUCGAAGUCAACGACCAAUACGCUUUCUUCUGCGGGUCCAAUCAACUACGCAUUUUUGCAAGAGGCGGUGGUGCCUUGGUAUAUCACCUGUGCAUGAAAGACUUGCAGCGCGUCAACUGGGAUGUACUUCCAGACAACAAUGAUGACCCGUCUCCUUCAUCUCUCUUCCAGCCCCAACGACUUCACGAGGCAUAUCACGUUUCUUCAUCAUCUCCGAGCAACUUUGUUGCAGCCCAUGUAUCCACCUCGGGCAAGGACAUCGCAAUCCUCACCGCAUCAGGGAUCUUCAUUUGGAUUCGGGGCUUUGAACGACUCUUCCAUCGUGAGGCCACACUUGGUGACAUAGCAACCUUCCUCAAUUUCAACGCCUCCCGAAACGGCUUCCGAGAUGUCUCAAUCUAUCUAGCGCUCGGAGAAUCGAACGAAAAAGCUGCGAUCGCAACCCGCAAGGGCUUGUUUAUCGCGCCUGCGCGUCCUGGCUUAUCCGUCUGCCGCAUGGCAAGAUACGACAACAGCCGACACCUAGCAUCUAUAUCAUGUCUGCAAAUGACAGAUACGGGCCUCUUUUUCAACUGGUACCCGUCUUCAGAGCAAAACAGACCUUCUCAACCAGCCCGGCGCAUGAUGAUGAUCCCGCCUCCACCUCAUGGGCAUCUUCCGGCGCCUAUCCAGAUUGUGCCGUCGCCUCAAGCUCAAGCUCAGCAUGCGAACCAAGCCCAGGCACCUGUUCAAACUAUGUUGCCCGUUGGCGUGGAGGGGCAGAGUGAUUAUCUUCCUGGGCUUGAGCCUAUCGAGUCUAGCGAUGAUGAUGAGGUGGGGGAAUAUGGGGCUCCUGAUCCGCCUUCUCCUACUAUCGCUGAGGAUGCUGGUCCACCCCCUUUGGUCGAGACGCACGAAGACGAAGAGGACGAAAUUGACGGAGGAGAUCUUGUAGAAGACGAAGACCUGGAUGAGGAAGCGGAGGAUGAGAUCAUUGAUGGUUUUCAGUUUGGUGGUGAUGGUUUUAUGCAGGUCAUCGUAAAUGAUUGGUUUCUUCCUAUUAGCUCGAGCACGGUGCAUUGCAUACAUGUUUGACGUAUAAAUCUGUUCGUGAAUCUAUUUUACAGAGUUGUACUACUUGGAGAAUGCUACCAUGAUGAGCCCAUGAUCUACUGGCGCAGUCAUUGCAACCACACGAGGAAUACAUGUGUUGAACCGAAGAUUCAAAGCAGGUAUUCGUCAUCUGACAGAAUGAUCAGAUUUCUAUGGCGCCCAUAAUGCCGUAUUCUUACACGUUGCUGUAGAGAGACAGGUGAG